AUGGGUAUCCUCCCCGUCGGCGUCAAGGGCACGCCAGGGGACGAAAAGGGGCCUGCUGAGCUGGACCCCGACUUCCUGGUCAGAUGGGAUCAGGCCGAACCGAUGAAUCCCCAGAACUGGCCAGACCGGUAUAAGUGGUGGGUGACCUUCCAACUGGGCAUGCUGGCGCUGGCCGGCAGUUUGGGUUCCAGCAUCAUGACGCCAGCCGAUCAUCUCAUUGCGCAAUAUGUCGGCGUGAGCCAGGAGGUUUCGGUUUUAAAUGUUGCUUUAUAUCUGGUUGGCUUUAUCUUCGGGCCCAUCAUCUGGGCGCCCAUAUCCGAGAUCUGGGGACGGCGAGUCAGUAUCCUGCCUGCGGUCUUCUGCCAGGCACUGUUCGCAAUCGGCACUUCGCGAAGUACAAAUGCCGCGUCGGUAUUCGUCACCCGAUUCUUCACCGGCUUCUUUGGAUCUGCGCCAAUCAGCAAUGUCACCGCAGCCCUCGGCGACAUCUGGAGUCGCGAGAGACGAGGAAUAGCUGUUAGUCUCUACGCAGUCGCAGUGAACGGUGGGCCCUCCUUAGGCCCCGUCAUCGGCGCAGCCCUCGUCACAAACCCGCAUCUCAACUGGCGCUGGCCCGGCUACAUUCUCGCGAUUUGGGUCAUGGUCACCUUCGUCAUGGCCUUCUUCUUCCUACCGGAAGUCUACCCUUUGGUACUGUUGAAAAGAAAAGCGCAGCGGCUGCGCAAGGAAACCAACGACAACCGCUAUUACCACCCGCACGAGCACCUCAAGCUCGAUGUCCACUCUAUCGUCACGAAACAGCUUUCUCGCCCUAUGAUCAUGCUGUUCACCGAGCCCGUAGUCACCUGCAUUGCCAUCUACGCCUCCUUCGUCUACGGCGUGAUGUAUCUGACGCUGGAAGUCUUCCCCAUAGUCUUCGAGGAGAUCCGCGCCUGGCAUCCGGUCGUCGCAGCGCUGCCUUUCCUUGCCCUACUGAUAGGAGUCAUCUCCUCCGUCGGCCUCAAUAUCUGGAACCAAUACCGCUACAACAUCAUCGCCAAGAACGCAGGUGGGAAGGCCGUUCCAGAAGGGCGCCUUCCACCGAUGGCAUUCGGGGCGGUGUUCUUCGUUAUUGGCGCGUUUUGGUUCGCAUGGACUGCGAAGCCGCCUCAUCACUGGAUUCUGCCUUGUUUCGCGGCCUUGUUCAUAGGGAUUGGCUUCAACUGCAUCUUCCAGCAGUGUCUCAACUAUCUUGUCGACAUGUAUGGUAUAUAUGCGGCGAGUUCGACGGCUGCAGUGACCUUCUUGAGGAGUAUCAUGGCUGCGGGAUUGCCGCUUGCUGCAAGGCCAAUGAUCGAUGCGAUGGAUGUUGGUCCUGCGGUGUCAAUCAUCGGCGCUGUUGCAGCGGUGUUACUCCCCAUUCCGUUCCUGUUUAUGAAGUAUGGGUCGAGACUCAGGGGGCUGUCGAAGCUGACGCCGGAUAAUCCGAAUUAA